CAUCCUCCCCAACAUGCGAGGCCCCCAUGACGCAUUGUCUGCGUUGUCCUCUUCCUACAAUUACAACACUUGAGGCUGGAGACGUGAAUUCAUACGAGGCUUUGGCUCAGAAGUGCUUCUCCCCAGGCUACCAAGGUAUAUGUUGAACAGUGCUUUCCCCAAGGGGCUCUCUCUGCCUUGCCGCGACAGCACAACAUUCUCGCCUGUAUGGCAGGGGAGGCUCACUUUAAUUGUGUUGUUUGCUCCGCCGAUUGCAGCUGACGCAUGCGGGCUGGGAGCCUCCCGGUGUGCGCGAAGCGUUGCCGUGGGUAUAGGCAGGCACUUUUAUGUCCAAGCUAGGCUCGUCUCUCUUAGCGGAUUAGACCUCCCGGCUGUCGCACGAGACGGGAGCCUUUCAGCAAUCAUGCUUCGGAAGGCAAGAGCCCAUGCCUUGGCGGCGCGGCUUGCCGACGGAGGGAGAGCCGUUUUCCACGUGCCCUACCAACACAAGGCAGGUUCUGGGCCGCCUCUUUGGGCAGCGCAGCGAAAAGCGGGAACCCCCAAUAUGUGGUACUAAUAAGGCCUCCCAUCUGGAAAUUUUGGGGUCCGAAUGUUGCGGGUACUAGUUAGAAAUUGCCCUGUCUCAUUGGUGCUUGCCUUGCCUACUGCCGGCCUUACAUUACCUUACCUUAGCCUUGAAUUUUU